AUGUCUUUACAGAUGACUGGUUUCUGGAAACUAUUUUUCAGAUCCUCAGCUUCUAGGCCUCUUAGGAGACACAACUUGAACCACUGGUGGGCCCAUAGAUCUCCAGUCCCUGAUGGCUUGUCUACACUGAAGGAACACAUUCUGCGGCGCCAUCGGGCUCUACUCCAGUUUCAGUCUAAAUAUCACGUCGCUUCGGGCUGGAAUUAUUUAUAUUGUCAGCGUCGCACUUCAGCUUCUAACAGAGAUGCUUCUCAUGACUCAUGGGCUCCCUCGCGGUGGUUCCACCAUGCUCGUGUGAACCACGCCCGGCGCGCAUCUUAUAAAGAUAAGAACUGGUCGCAGGCGACAUCAAACUCUUCUUCCUUUUUCAAAGAAGCAUCCAGUAAUCCUAAAAAUAAUAAGGCCUCUGAAACCCCGGUAUCCCGGAAAUCCAGUACUGAGGAAGAUGACGACGAUUACGAAAUUGACUUGAUUACCCUGCGCAAACGCAAGAAGAUUCGGCCCCAGGCUGCUGAGCCUAAACCGGAACCCGAAAAGACUCAGAGCCCGGAACCAGAGCCCAAGAAGCGUAAAAUCAGACCUAAGGCUGAAACUUCUACUAGCCCCUCGAGUACCGAGUUUAACGGAAUUGAGAAGCUUCAGAAGCAACAGCAAUCUGUGUCACCAGAACCCAAACCUGUCAAUUCUCAAAUCACUGAACAGGUAUCUGAAAAGAAAUUUGACAAUACUACUGAGCCUGACGUGACACGGUUUUCAAAGCACACUGAGUCUAAAGAAACGGCUCAACCCGCAAAAUCUCUUCAUUCUGUGGACCCUGUUGAACCAGUCAAGCCCACUGAAUCUGCUAAACCUGUUGAGCCUACCAAACCUUCUGAAUCUGCCAAAUCUACAUCACCCUUUGUAAAGCCUGAAUCUUCCCCCCUUGAUCCCAAGAGUACAUCCUCUGGUCUUUUGGGACAUUACCGCAGUGCCGAUGUCGACCUUGAGCGACUUCUCACCUUCAUGUCUGACGAAUCUGUUCUUUCUCGCCCUGGAUUCAAAGGCCGCCCCUCUACUCGUGACCGUAUCAAGCCUUCCGGAGAACGAGUGGUCAAGGAAGAUUUGGACAUUGAAGAGCUCAUGCCGCUUGAUAUCCGCAGCCGGUACCGUGACAAUACUGAUGAGAAUGACACCAAGCAUGAAUCUGGAGAAGCUGCGGCUCAACAAUUGAGCGAUGCUGAUAUUGCAGAACUUGACGCAACGCUAGGUCUUGCACAAGCUGACCGCGUCCGUGCUGACAAUGACCGCUUCCGUCAGGCCAAUGCGUUUAGUUUUUCACAAGAAGUCUUUGCUCAUCGUGAAAAGGCCCGAACUCUUGGAAAUAAAAAUUUCUUCACGCCUGUGUAUGUCGACAGCUUUUGGUCUACAAGUGGCAGUUCUGGCGAACCUUUGGCAAAGGAGUACGCGUUACUCACACCAGCUCAAAAGGUCAUUCGAACUAACUACCCACCAAUCCAGGAUUCUCCCUAUGGAACCCCGCCUCCUGCACGAGACUUGUUUACGACGUUAUCAAACAUUGAGCGUCCUGAAAAGUAUAUCAAGUCAAUUAUGCGGCUGGAAAAGCAGGGCUGGUCUAUUGUUGGAGGUGGUGGUCCUGGAGGCAUCAUUGUGUUUGAGCGCGAGUAUAAUAAAAAGAAGCGUGAAACAUGGUAUGCCGUGAAAAUGACCCUGGGAUUUGUUGGGUUAUUAGGCACCGCCUUGUUGGGUCUUCUUGCUACGAUUCAAGUUCCUACAACCAAGAUUUAA